CUGGCCCAGGUGGUGGGAAAUGUAGGGAAAACAGCUUCAAGACAACAGUUGCUUUCAUACUAGGGAUUUUGUGGCUAAUUGAGGUAAGACAGUAAGUCUGCUCAUAGAUAAUGCAUUUAUGAACUACACAUCCUGCCCAAAGCGGGAGUUUUCAAAAAUACUUUUUUAGUCGCUAACGUACAGGAGCAUGUCUUUAACAUAAAAGGUUUAAGAGAUAUGGCUAAAUCAAUUUCAUCCCAUUGCCAUUUAAUGUUUAAGGAAUUUAGAGGGGACAUUAUACAAAACCUUUGAACCUGCACUUGAGUGCUGCCAUAAGUGGACACAGAAAACUAUUUAUUUCACCUUAGUGUGGUCAGGUGGAUAACAUGAGGGAGGCUACUUGCAUGAACUACACCUCUUCUCCAUAAUGGAUAUGGGAGGCCACUUCUGCUUCUCCUUAUCAUUCUAUAAAUAAAAGGAUCACCAGUACACUCCAAUCUACAACUGGCAAGCCCAGUGACAGUACACUUCAUGUGCUUCAAGAGGCAUCGUGCUCUGUGAAUAACUCAUUCCAACUUUUUUGCAGCCUCUGAAAUGUCUUUUUACGGAGAUCCUUUUUAAACAUCUAGAGCACUUGCAAUGGAUUUUAAAGAGCUGGGAGGUGAUGAUAACCCCGACGGAGAUACUGAUGGAGAAGCUGAGGAUUUGAACAAUGUGAAAGCACUUACCGAAAAACUAAAGUUACAAACCCGCAGACCAUCAUAUUUUGAAUGGCAGGAGCGCUUGCAGAGCCAACCAUGGAAGGAGAACCCGAAUGGUUCAAAAAAUGGCCAAGAGACUGCAGAGAAAUAUGUGCUCUUGCCUGAAAUUAUUCGGGAUGAGAACUCAGAUCUAACCAUCCGCAACAUCUGUGGCUUCGAUACCAUUAAUGACGCAUUGGAAUUUCUAAGGAAAGAGUUGAGGGAGAUGCGGUUCCAGGACAACCGUCUGGCUCGGCAGCUGAUCCGCCUGCGUGUGGAGAUCCACCGGCUGAAGGUGGAGCAGGUGUGUCACCGCCACAAGGAGAUGCUGGACGACGCCACCUAUGAGCUGAAGGAGUGUGGUGAGGAGUCUGACCUGCUCUGUGACAUCCCCAUGAAGGCUGCCUUCGCCCUCUCCACCCCCCUCAAACACCUUGGCCUCACCAAGAUGAACAUCAACUUCCGACGCUUCUCCCUCUGUUAAAACAUAUUCCACCCUGUGAGGAUGGAUUUGCUGAAUUAACACCUCUGUCUAAUCUACGCAGGGUAAUCAGGGGUGUUUCACUGCAAAGGUUUCUGUUAUGACACGAGAGGGAAGACGAAUGGCUGGAAGAGUGUGCAGACAGUAAUUAGCCAAGUGGGAGGAAAUGGAAAUGACUCCUUUGAUUUGUGCCCCAGCCCUGACUUGAGAGAGAUAUAUACAGGCCUCCAUAGUAAAGCCCUGUAAGGGCAAAACACAAACCCAUCCCAUAGCAGCACCUUUCUACUGUACCUCAGGGAAGGUGCUGACUGAUAGGACAGAGUAGACAGGGAAGAUAGUGAUGAGGUGUGGUUCUGGGAUGGAGCUGGUGCGAGUCUGGAUCGCCAUGGUGUCAGAUAUAUUGCACUGUACAAAAGCAAUAGUUAAGAUGACCCUCUGAUAGAAUGAAUAAGACUGCCAUGAUGGUGAACACAACUGUAACUAGAGAUGUCUCUUGAGAGUUGCAAAAGGGAAUUGUCUUUCUUCAGAUUAAGAAAAAUCUAUCACAGCACUAACACACACUAACUUGAGUUCCAUACUGUAACCCCAGCCCAGGAGCAAGUAUAUAUAAGACACUAGUCACAUCACGAGGGACAUGUUCCCAAACUCUGUUGAAGGCCCCCCACCUCUGUGUUGGCAGAGUCCCAGACAGCAGUCCACAGGAAGCUGGAGGUCACAUUCCAGCAUUCUUUAACCUCUUUAGGGACCAAAAAUAACAAGGACCUCCAUGGGGUCAUGGCUUCAGUGAUAUGACAUAAUUGAAGGCUAUGUCCUAUGUACUCCAUGCAUUUUAUUUUCCAUUAGAUGAAGACAGAUCACAGUCCAAUCUGACAAUGUUGUGUCAGAUUAUCAGGGUUGAGUUUAGAUGUGUUUAAAGAUAUUGUUCUCAGGAAGAGAGAUAGGAGGAGAAACUGAAAGUAUGUUGGGGAAAUUAAGAGGGAGUUAAUUUUGAACAGGAUGUGGUGGGUUUUUAUCGAUGUUUGCUGAAUAUUACCCAACAAAGUUUAAAACUUUGUUACAAAGUUGUAAUACAUCAAAAUGUAGAUUUGUAAGUGCCUUAUGUACAGAGUUUUCAGCUAUAUAAUGCAGGAAUAUGUUAUGGUUAUCCUUUAAUCUAUGAGGGAAAUAUAAAUGAUUGGAGACAGAGCUGUUCUUUCAAGAUGCUUGUUAAAAGUUUUUUUGUUUGCUAUAAACUCACAUGUAAAAAGGCAACAAACUUGAAAUUGAAAAUAAUGUUUUUUUUAUUUGUCUGUCAGUCUGUCUAUCCAUUAGAGAACUGGUUGAAUGACCUCUGUCAUUAUCUGUGACCUCACUGAGUGCUCAUUUAGCUGUAACCUUUCACAUCCUGAAAUUCCAUUAAUGCACAGUUUCAUCUUUCAACUGCAUCAGGCAUUCAUCUUUUUAAAAUGAUGUGGUAUAGGCUUAAUUGAUCAGAAAACCCAUUAAAGGUCCAAUGCAGCCAUUUUUAAAAAAUCUCAAUAUCAAAUAAUUUUUGGUUAACAAUUAAGUAACAAUUGGUAGAGCCCCACCAGCCAAACCCUCCCCUAACCCGGACGACGCUGGGCCAAUUGUGCGCCAUCCUAUGAGGCCACUCAGGAAGUCUCUUCAAACAGUUCUUACAUCAUGAGGGCAGUUGUCAUCAUUUUCACAAUUUCACAGUAUUAUACCAACCUCAUAGUGUGAAAACAUAACUAAAUCACAGAAAAUUCACAUUUUUGACUGCACUGGGCCUUUAAGGGGUACAAGCAUAAAUUGAUGAGUUCAUAACCAUGUCAAGUUGUUAUCAAUUAUUGUACAAAAUGGGUACAUAUACAAGCUGUGUGAAGUAGACGUGAUAUACUAGUUUAUGAGAUGACCUCAUGUAUGACGUGAGAGAGAGGGAGAAAGAGAGAGAACCAGGCCAAUUGGAACCAUUGUAAUGAAUGACAGGAUAAAUACAGGGUACACAGGGCCUCAGGUAGUACCUUAAGGCCUGGUCCUUCAUUGGAUAUCCUCUUGUCAUUUCCUGUGUAAUGUGGCUUCUAUUUCUAGUGUCUCUCACCUAUGCUGUUUCCAUUUUUUCAUAAAGACCAACUGCCCUGCAGUUAAGAUAGUUUUCUCUGUCCUCACUCCCCUCAUAUGCACUGUUAAUCAACUAAUAAACUGAUAGCCCUAAGUACGUUA